AUGAUGGGCAAGUGUACCCAAGUGGCAACCAUCUCGGCUUUGGCAUGUCUGGCUCAGAUUCCACAGGUGAAACUGCAAGAGAAUUGUACAAACAAUGAUCUCUGUUCCAACACAAACUGGGUCCAUCACUGGUACAUCUGGCUUGUGGUUGCCAUUGGUGGGCUCCUCCUUCUCUGUGGCCUUGUUUCUGUGUGUGUGAGAUGCUGCUGUUUUAAUUGUCAUCAGGGAGAAGAUGCUCAUCCUCAACCAUAUAAGGUUACAGUUAUUGCUUUUGAUCAUGACAACACCCUUCAAAGCACCAUCACCUCCCUCCAUUCCAUGUUUGGCCCAGCUGCUCGGAGAAUACUAGCAGUAGCACAUUCCCACAGUGGAGUGCCAGCAGUGCAUCACCCUGCCCAAACAGAGUUUCCCCCAAUUUAUGAGGAAGCCAUACAUAUGAAUAGCUUCACAGUGGCUCAAAGUGAAGAAAGAACCCCAGAUUUGGAGCUGAUGCCAGAGGAGAAACGGACAUAG